GCGGUAUUUCCAGCCACUGCCACAUUGAACGUGGAGCACCGCACCAUCUUUGUGAAAAUUACUACGAGCGGACUAGGAAUUGUCGAAUUGUCCAAUUACCUUUGCGGCGAAAAGUAAAAAAGCAACAAGAUGUCGAUUAUUUCUGCACGUCUGGCGUCGUCGGUCGCCCGCAACCUGCCCAAGGCUGCCACACAGGCCGCCUGCAAGGCUGCUUACCCCGCCGCCAGCCUCGCUGCCCGCAAGUUCCAUGUGGCCGGUACACAGCGCAGCGCUGAGAUCUCCAACAUCCUGGAGGAGCGCAUCCUGGGCGUCGCCCCCAAGGCCGAUCUGGAGGAGACUGGUCGUGUGCUGAGCAUUGGUGACGGUAUCGCUCGUGUGUACGGUCUGAACAACAUCCAGGCCGAUGAGAUGGUGGAAUUCUCCUCCGGCCUGAAGGGCAUGGCCCUCAACUUGGAGCCCGACAAUGUCGGUGUGGUGGUCUUCGGUAACGAUAAGCUCAUCAAGCAGGGCGAUAUCGUCAAGCGUACCGGCGCCAUUGUCGACGUUCCAGUCGGUGAUGAGCUGCUCGGCCGCGUCGUCGACGCUCUGGGCAAUGCCAUCGAUGGCAAGGGUGCCAUCAACACCAAGGACCGUUUCCGUGUCGGAAUCAAGGCCCCCGGCAUCAUCCCCCGUGUCUCUGUGCGCGAGCCCAUGCAGACUGGUAUCAAGGCCGUCGAUUCCCUGGUGCCCAUCGGUCGUGGCCAGCGUGAGCUGAUCAUUGGCGAUCGUCAGACCGGUAAGACCGCUCUGGCUAUCGAUACCAUCAUCAACCAGAAGCGCUUCAACGAGGGCCAGGAUGAGUCGAAGAAGCUGUACUGCAUCUACGUCGCUAUCGGCCAGAAGCGUUCCACCGUCGCCCAGAUCGUCAAGCGUCUGACUGACUCUGGUGCCAUGGACUACUCCGUCAUUGUGUCGGCCACCGCCUCCGAUGCCGCCCCCCUGCAGUACCUGGCUCCCUACUCUGGAUGCGCCAUGGGCGAGUACUUCCGUGACAAGGGCAAGCACGCCCUGAUCAUCUACGACGAUUUGUCCAAGCAGGCUGUGGCCUACCGUCAGAUGUCCCUGCUGCUGCGUCGUCCCCCAGGUCGUGAGGCCUACCCCGGUGAUGUGUUCUACCUGCACUCCCGUCUGCUGGAGCGUGCCGCCAAGAUGUCCCCCGCCAUGGGCGGCGGCUCCCUGACCGCUCUGCCCGUGAUUGAGACCCAGGCCGGCGAUGUGUCUGCCUACAUUCCAACCAACGUCAUCUCGAUCACUGACGGCCAGAUCUUCUUGGAGACUGAGUUGUUCUACAAGGGUAUCCGCCCUGCCAUUAACGUCGGUCUGUCUGUGUCCCGUGUCGGUUCCGCUGCCCAGACCAAGGCCAUGAAGCAGGUGGCCGGUUCCAUGAAGCUGGAGCUCGCCCAGUACCGUGAGGUCGCUGCCUUCGCCCAGUUCGGUUCCGAUCUGGAUGCUGCCACCCAGCAGCUGUUGAACCGUGGUGUCCGUCUGACCGAGCUGCUCAAGCAGGGCCAGUACGUGCCCAUGUCCAUUGAGGAUCAGGUCGCUGUCAUCUACUGCGGUGUGCGCGGACAUCUGGACAAGAUGGAUCCCGCCAAGAUCACCAAGUUCGAGAAGGAGUUCUUGCAGCACAUCAAGACCUCCGAGCAGGCUCUGCUCGACACCAUCGCCAAGGACGGUCAGAUCUCCGAGGCCUCCGAUGCCAAGCUGAAGGAUGUUGUCGGAAAAUUCCUGUCCACCUUCCAGGGUUAAGCAUCGCCCUAAUGAAGAAUAAUACAGAAGUCACGUGCAAUUAACAUCUGGGGUAUCUGUCUGCCAUCCCUGCGCGUCAUUAAACAACAGAAAUUAACGUAAAGCUUAAGAUAAAACAAAAUUAUACAAAAAACAAGAGAAAACUCUUUUGCACAUUCAUAUUCUCCUGCGCCACCAGCCGGGAUGGCUUUCGUUUCGAUGUCCUGUCACCAUAACGCCGCUAAAUCUUGGGAGAGAGAGAGCAGGUGGCGGGCGCCGAAACGAAAACUCCUCUCUGGCUGGAAUCAAUUUCGAAUUUCAGCGAAAAAUCAAUUGCAGAUCCUGCAAGUCCCAACCUCCGUUGUUCUCCUCCUACCCUUAUGCUAUAAUCAAUAUUAAAAAUAUUGUAAUCGAGAAUAGUCGAAAUACUGUCUGUGGAUGAUUGUGAAACGAUGAUGAAUUAAAACGAAACUAAAUUAUA